CGUCAUCAUCCACAUACAGAGCGCCGAAAGAAGUCUUGCGAGUGUUGAGUCGCCGGCGGAGUGAAAACAGCAGUAACAUCACACAGUUAGGGUGGAAAAUACGUUUUUUUAGCCGCCGAAAAGACAGUCGCAUGGAUUUAUUCAACUGGUCCGCCAUUGUUUGGGUGACGAAGGACGGCUGAAAACAAGUUCGACCCUCCAACGCUCCACUCCCUGUCACCUUCCUGACCCUCGCCCCCCAUUGGCUGUGGUUUCCCAGAGGGCAGAGCCAAGUAUGGGGUAAGAGAGCUGAGACAGACCAAGACGACACAAGGAGGCCCUCUAACCUGCAAAGGUGCUGACGGGGGAAGGACACUGUCAUGGCGCUGUUGUGGAGGAGGCUGAAGCUUUUGGUGACAGUGAUGAUGGUCAACCUCUUCAUCUUCAUCAUCAUCUCCCGACACAACAGUCAAGACAAAAACAGUCACAAGGUCCGCAUCCCCUCCAAACCAUUCUGGAACAAACUGGUUCCCAGCCCGGCUUACUGGAAUCUCCAGCAGCAGAUUCUGGACCUUCAGAACAAUCCCAUCCUGGGGGCUAACUACAGCGAUGCAGACUUGCCUGAUUGGGCUAACGACACCAGCUUGACCUCUGACCCCUGCCAGCCUAACUCCAGGGUUGCCACUCAGGUGAAAGACUACAAUUCCCUACCGGAACGUUUCAAGGACUUUCUGAUUUACAUGCACUGCCGCUCCUACCCGAUCAUGGUGGACCAGCCUGACAUCUGUAGGGAGCCUCCGUUCCUGCUCCUAGCCGUCAAGUCCCUGACGCCGCACUUCGACCGCCGCCAGGCCAUCCGUCAGUCCUGGGGAAAGGCGGGUGUUAUAGCUAAUCAGACGGUGGUUACCAUCUUCCUUCUAGGCAAUGCCACAGCAGGGGACCACCACCCGGAUCUGUCCAAGAUGCUGCACUAUGAGAGCAUCAGUCAUAAAGACAUCAUCCAGUGGGAUUUCAGGGAUUCGUUCUUCAACUUGACUGUCAAAGAAGUUCUCUUCCUGGAGUGGAUUCAGACUCGUUGCUCUGGUGCUCGCUUCAUCUUCAAAGGCGACGAUGAUGUCUUUGUCAAUACUUACCACAUCUUGGACUUCCUUAAGGGCCUCUCAGAGCCCAAAGCCAGGGACCUGUUUGUGGGUGACUUGAUAACCAACGCAGGGCCCCACCGAGACAAGAAGGUAAAAUACUUCAUCCCAGAGGGCAUGUACAUUGGGAUGUACCCUCCAUAUGCAGGAGGCGGUGGAUACCUUUACUCUGGUGACGUCGCUGCUCGUCUGCACAAUGUGUCCCGACAUGUAGCGCUCUACCCAAUAGAUGAUGUCUACACGGGUAUGUGCCUUCGGAAGCUAGGGCUGGCCCCCGAGAAGCACAAAGGCUUUAGGACCUUUAACAUAGAGAUGAAAUACAGGUCAAACCCCUGCGCCUACAAGAGUUUAAUGCUUGUUCAUCCGAGGACCCCACAGGAGAUGAUCCAGAUCUGGGCCUGGCUCAGCAGUCCUAACCUAAACUGCCAGUGAUGGCUCCGCAGCAGGCAUUUGUGCCCUAGAAAAGAAGACAAUUUUCAGGUUGUUCCCAAGAGGUCAAAGUGACAAAUAUUUAAUUGUGAACAGGGUUAUAACUUAAGACUUGGCAGCUUUAAGUUAAGAUAUUACAAUAAUGGUCACUUGGAGCCUCCGCUUGGAGAAGUCAAUGCGUUGUAAAUGAGAAAGGGUGUGUCGUUCACUCUAUUUUUCAAAAGGGCUCAAUAGUAUUUUGACUUUAUGUCAGACUUCCGUAGACAAGCUAUCCCUGCUUUACUGACCGUCGAGCUCCACCCAAAGUGACCGUGUCUUUCUCUGCGUGCACAUAUUUAUAUCAAAACUAUUUAUAUGGCCUUAUUAAUGCUUUAACACUGUUUCUGCUCCGUGAUGGAGCGUGUCAAUGCUGUAUUAUAUAAAUAAGGAGACAAAGAACUGUCCACCUGGGACUCUCUGGGUUGUUUGGUCAAGGGAAAAGACACUUUAUUGGCAAUGGUGAAAAGGACAAUCGUUUUCAGCAACUUUCAAAAGUAAAUAAACGAGAAACAACCUUAGAAACAACGAGUGGCUCCCGCAUGCAGCGGUUUGUUGCUCUAAGCUUUAAAAGAGUUUCACCGUGAACACGUCCUAGUAAUUGUUGCUGGAGGCUUAGUUGGUGCUGCUAUUCCCAUCCACACUCCCUAAAGUAUUUACUUGUAAAUAGCUUAAUUCAAAGUUUUUCCUCCAUUUAAAAGAAGAAAAAACUCAUAUGUUCAGAACUUCACAAACUAUUUAUUCAUUUUUGAAAAGUAGUUUUAAUUUGUUAAAUGCAUCAUUGUCACUCUUCAUUUUAUUGACAAUGGUUCCUCUGUGUUUACCUUGUAGAUCAAUCAUGUUACAACAAAUCUCCCUUAAAUCGUCCAUAGAGCUUCAAAAAUGGGGUGUUUGGAGUGAAUACACACUUUGCUUUCAGGAAACAGGAAUGUGAGUCGAUCCCUGUACAGCUCAGCGGGUCUGGGCUUGGUUUCGACAUGGAUGGAGAAAUCUAAAUGCUGUCCAAUUCUGCUUCUGGUUCUCACUUUAUACGAAAGGAUAAAAUGCUUAUAGGAACCUUUCAUGCAUUUUAGAUGCUAUUUCAAGCUGCCAUCAUAGAGCUUCUGUAGGAAAUACUCGCUGUAACUUGCCUCAUAACUUCCUGCAGCAGUUGUGUAGAAAUGUUGAAUGCUGUUGAAUGUUUUACUGUGAUGUCCGUGAAUCAAAAGUGCUUUAAAACAGGUUGAUCAUGGUGGGAAAUCGCGUGUAAGCUAAGAUUUUGUUACUUGACAAAUUGCCUGCGAUGUUCACUGAUCAUUUUGAAUGCUUUCAAAAUGUUACAUAUCUGUUUUAUGGCGUAAAUUCCUUUCUUCUCUUCAGGACUUGGUUGGUGGGGAUUAGAAAUGUUGGGUAACAAAUUUAGCAUUGAAAGUCUUCAUAUUCUUUGAAAGUAACCGCUAAGCUAGAUGGCUUUAGUUAUCAUGAGCGAGGUGCUGCACAUAUUUAUGUUGCAUUUGUGUUACGUAAUGUUCCUUUUUUAAGCCGUGUGUGAGAUUUCAGAUGCACCUUUUUGUAAUAUUACAUGUCUCAGUGAAGCAGAUGCUCUCUUGUUUCUCUCAAACGCCAUUAGAGAAGGUCAGACGUGUGUAACAUGAAUGUAUAUCUUUACCAAGGUUUGGGGGCAAAUCCAACUUGAAGUGGAUUUUAUUUAGUAUUUAUACUAGAAUGUCACUGACCCGAUCCAUGGAUUCACCACUGAUAAGUUUCAGAAGCUGGUUGUUCCACUUUUGAGCUGAGAGAAGGGAGACAUUUCUACGGCUCUGUUAGAGCUCCCCGUGCUGGUCGGGAUGGUGAUCUGUUAAAACUCAGAGCUUCAUACAGACACUGACAACUCCAUGACUUAAAACUGCAUUCCAAGACCUAAUAUAUUAUCUGUCUUUGUCUCUUCAGAUGCUCCAACCCGUCACUUAAAUCAUCUCCUCUCUCAGUUGAUUUACAGUAAUGUAACAAGAGUUUUUUUUGGUUAUGUUUAUCCUACAUUGGUGUCAGGUAGUUGGGGUUUGACACAAGAAAAAUAAAGUAAAUCCCGUCACUG